CGUGUCCCUGCCCCACCACAGAGACAUCAUUCGCAACUGUGCUGUCAGCGUGGACCAGAUCCAAGACCUCCACUCCCCGAUGUCCCCCAUCUCCGAGAAUCCAGCGUCACCUGCCUACAGCACGGUCUAUGCCGCUGGGGAUGUGGUUAGGCUGGUUACACGGCUAAAGCCACAGGCCUGCCAGGCAGCUGGGAUUGUCCCAGCCUCUCCAGUCAUAAGAAGGUCCAGCGAGCCCCAGCUGUGCCCAGGGAACAACAGCAAACCUCUGCCUGACUCUGCCCACAGCACCCACUCGACUCCCUGCCAUGGGUACGCCCGUGCCUCCCCCUCUCCCUCCGUGAACAGCUACAGCGACCCGGACACGGGGCAUUACUGCCAGCUCCACCCCACCUCGCCCAUCAGCAGAGACCGGCCAGCUCAUGACACCAAGCAGCUGCCAACAAAGAGCUACGUGGAGAGGCUAAAGGUGGAGGAAGGACAGAGAGGGACUGUGGAGAAUGGCUCUGGUGAAGCAGAGGCAGGGCAGAGGCUCAAAGGAGAGCUGGACUUCGUGAGCUUUGUGCCCCCCACCAUGGAGACAACCUCCUCCUUCAACCCCGCGGCCUUCCAGUCCCUGCUGAUCCCCCUGGAGAACAAACCCCUGGAGAUGGCUGUGCUCAAGAAGGUCAAAGAGCUGCUGGCAGAGGUGGACGUGAAGACAUUGGCCAAACACAUCACCAAAGUGGACUGCCUGGUCGCCCGGAUAUUGGGUGUGACGGUGGAGAUGCAGCGGCUCAUGGGAGUGAGCUCCGGCAUGGAGCUGCUCACCCUGCCCCACGGCCACCAGCUCCGCCUCGACCUGCUGGAACGGUUUCACACCAUGUCCAUCAUGAUAGCCGUGGACAUCCUGGGCUGCACGGGCAGCACGGAGGAGCGGGGGGGCCUCGUGAUGAAUGCCCUGGAAAUGACACAGAUUGCCCGGCUGGAGCAGACCUGGAUGGUGCUGCGGCAGCGGCACACGGAGGGCGCGAUACUCUACGAGAAGAAGCUCAAGCCGUUCCUGAAGAGCCUGAACGAAGGGAAAGAAGGGCCGCCGCUGACCAACACCACCUUUCCCCACAUCAUGCCCCUUGUGACUCUCCUGGAGCGGGAUGAGGCUCUCACAGACACCCCCGAGCCCUGGGAGACCACCGACAAUGGCGUCGAGGUGGUCAUGGCCCACCUGGAGGCAGCACGGAUGGUGGCCCACCAUGGCGGGCUCUACCACACCAACGCUGAGGUGAAGCUGCAGGGUUUCCAGGGCAGAGCGGAGUUGCUGGAGGUCUUCAGCACCGAGUUCUGGGGCAGCCGUGGGGCUGAGAGCAGCCAGGCCGAGCGCUACGAGAAGUUUGACAAGGUCCUCACAGCCCUGUCCCACAAGCUGGAGCCGGCGGUGCGCUUCAGUGAGCUGUAA